UUUCCUCUCUUAACAACUUCCAUUUUGUGUGUUUCAGAGAGAACCAUUGACAUCACUGUUCAUGAAGUCCUUGAAGGAGGAUUUCUGAAGGAGCUGCACAAAGCUUCAGGAAAUGAUAUGGGAGGACAAACUGUGGACAGAAAAUUUAGAGAGUUCCUCAGAGACAUAUUCUCUCCUGAAAUCUGGGAUGAGUAUGAAGAAAAAUAUCCCAGUGAUGUUCAAAGAAUUAUAUAUGACUUCACACUUUUCAAGAGAAAAGAUGAAGAUAUGGAAAUCAUCUGUCCACUGAACCUAGGAAGGAUGGCUGAGAAAAAACAAGACAUGGAAAAAUAUUUUAAACGAGUUCAAGGAGCAUCUUAUGAUGAUGGAGUAAUCAAAAUAUCAAAGCAGAAACUGAGAUCUUUCUUUGAAGAGAGUCUGUGGAGCAUCACUAUGAGUCUCAGAGGAAUCUUUGACAAAACCCACAGCAUUAAAUACAUUCUGUUAGUGGGAGGUUUUGCUGAAAGUCAGAUUCUACGGAGAUACAUUACUGAUGCGUUUAUUGACAACUGCAAAGUUUUGUGUCCAUUUAGGCCCCAAGAAGCCAUUUUGAAGGGAGCUGUAGAGUUUGCAAGAAACCAAGGUGCAGUGGCAUCAAGAAAAAGUGCCUAUACUUAUGGAGUAGGUCUCUCAGAGGAGUUGGAUAAGUUCAAACAUGGAACAGAAUCACCAGAGGUAACGAAACGCAAAAACCAGAUUAUUGGUUUACUGCAGAUCUGAAUAUAAAACUCUGUUUCAGGUUAAAAAAAACAUGCUGUUAGCAAUUCAGAAUCUGCAGCUGGCGAUCUACAAUCAGAAAUAUGACAACGGUUCACAGAAACCCUUAUCUGCACACAAAGUCACAAACCAUGAAGACAUGAUGGAGUAUUUGAGAUCUGAAUGUUACUGGCUUGGAUGUCUGAUGGCUCUGAAUAAUCCUCCCAUUAAUCCGGACUGGGAGAAUCACGCUGCGUCAAUGGACAAGUGGGACAUUCUACCCCGAAAUAUUACAGCAGCUUCUGUAAAGAAGUGAGGAAAAAAUCAUCUUCUGUCAGCAUCUUUUUGAUUUUCUCAUGAACCGUAUAAUUCUUUGCAACUGAAACCUGUAAAAUUGUAUGAGAUUUACAUGCUUUUCUUUUUUAUGAGAAAUAUUUAAUUAGGCAGUAAAAAAACGUAAAUGUGACUUUCUGAAAUUGAAAUGAAGAAAAUCGACUUUCAGUUGGUAAUCUGUGAAGUCAAUUGUUAUUUUUUGGUUAAUUAAGGACCAUUUACAGUUGCAGUAUAGAGUAUCACUAGUUUUAUCUGUCAGAGUUUACUAUAAACUUUGGUAAAGUUUGAAAAUGUAUUUAUUUCAAUAUUUCAUGCAUUUAAAAUGUCCUCAAUUGGACCAGGUUCAAAGAAGGAUACCAUUUCACAACUUGAUUAAAGAAUGUCAAGGUUUUUAAAACAUGUGAUGUAACAUUGUUUAUUCUAGAUCUUAUGUACUUGUAAUCAAAGUUGGUCAGAAAUAUGACAUUUUAUUCAAACAAAACGUUUAAUGACUAAAAACAUGCACUGUAUAAUCAGAAUUGUAUUUACCAAAGGAUACAUUUAAUAUUGCCUGUUUUACUUUUAGUAUCUGAUUUCUUCAUUGGAUCCAUGUGAACAAAUGUAUUAUCUAUAAAAAUCAAAACAUGAACCAAUUGUUUAAGUUUUAAAGGUAAUCAUUUUAACAGCCUGUUGCAGUUUCAGGUUGUAUCAAAGCUUACCUGCAGAGGGCGCUGUUGACCUGAGGUUUUCUCCUGCCAGCAGACAGAGGACUCAGACCAGAUUUAGUUAACUGCAGCUGUUCACUGUCGACAUCUGAGCCACCGGCUGGAACUGCUGCAAAACCCCCGAAACACCGAGACAAAAUUAAAUCACCCAGCAGUAACUAUAGCUACCCGCUCACACUCACUGAUCCAUGUUCAGAGGGUUUAUCUGGUAGUUACUGUGUUUGGGUUCUAGAUAAAUUGCUAAAUGUGUUGCAUGUUGCAGUUUCUUUAUGGCAAGACUUAAUAAAAAGCUUGUAAUUCCCCUCA